AUGUCGACCCGUAAGAGAAAGCAGGAAGCUGAGGAAGAGGAGGAGCUUCAAGCUCUCCCCAGCGAUGAGAGCGAAGAGGAAGAAGAAUAUGAGGACUCGGAAGUAGCCGAGAGUGAAGAAGACGAGGAGGAAGGUAGCGAGGAGGAAGAAUUCGAAGAGGAAGAGGGCGAAGAAGAAGAACCCGAGGAGCAAGCCCCUCCUGCUUCCAAGAAGCGAAAGACGGCUCCCGCGCCCGAGGAAGAGGAAGAAGAAGAGGCUAAAGAAAACGGCGAAGGUGAGAAUGGAGUAGACGAAGAGGAUGAAGAAGAGCUCGAGGACGAGGAGGAUGAAGAGGCCCCCGAGGACACAGCCAAGAGCAGCGCACCUGCUGCCGCGGCCACCAAGGCCAAGGGUAGCAAGAUUCCUAAGGAGUCCGAGGCCGACGCUCUUGCAGAGGAUGAUGAGUAA